CGCAUGUGUGACCUGUGUCGGCGCACCCAGGAGCCGCUUCCCUGCGUGUGCUGCGCCGUUCUGAACGGUUCUGAGCAAUGAGCUCCCAAAGCCACCCAGAUGGACUUUCUGGCCGAGACCAGCCUGUGGAGUUGCUCAGCCCUGCCCGCGUGAACCACAUGGCCGGCACUGUGGACGUGGCCGGGCCUCUGCCCCUGCAGGUGGCACCAGCGGCUGUCCCCAUGGACCUGCGCCUGGACCCGCAGUUCGCGCUUCCCGGGGCCGAGCCCACGCUGAGGGAGCAGCAGCUGCAGCAGGAGCUCCUGGCACUGAAGCAGAAGCAGCAGAUCCAGCGGCAGAUCCUCAUCGCCGAGUUCCAGCGGCAGCACGAGCAGCUGUCCAGGCAGCACGAGGCCCAGCUGCAUGAGCACAUCAAGCAGCAGCAGGAGAUGCUGGCCCUGAAGCACCAGCAGGAGCUGCUGGAGCACCAGCGCAAGCUGGAGCGGCACCGGCAGGAGCAGGAGCUGGAGAAGCAGCAGCGCGAGCAGAAGCUGCAGCGGCUCAAGAACAAGGAGAAGGGCAAGGAGAGUGCCGUGGCCAGCACGGAAGUGAAGAUGAAGCUGCAGGAGUUUGUCCUCAACAAGAAGAAGGCGCUGGCCCACCGGAGCCUCAACCACUGCGUCUCCAGUGACCCACGCUACUGGUACGGGAAGACACAGCACAGCUCACUGGACCAGAGCUCGCCCCCGCAGAGCGGGGUGUCCACCUCCUAUAACCACCCCGUCCUGGGCAUGUACGACGCCAAAGACGACUUCCCUCUGAGGAAGACAGCCUCUGAGCCUAACCUGAAGUUACGCUCGCGGCUGAAGCAGAAGGUGGCCGAGCGGCGCAGCAGCCCCCUCCUGCGCAGGAAGGACGGCCCCGUGGUCACUGCGCUCAAGAAACGCCCGCUGGAUGUCACAGACUCGGCGUGCAGCAGCGCCCCAGGAUCCGGGCCCAGCUCCCCCAACAACUGCUCCAGCAGCAUCAGCUCAGAGAACGGCCUCACACCGGCGGUCCCCAGCCUCCCGGCUGAGACCGGCCUUGCACACCGACUGGCGGCCCGGGAGGGCUCCGUGACCCAGCUGCCCCUCUACACCUCACCUUCCUUACCCAACAUCACGCUGGGGCUGCCCGCCACCGGCCCCUCUGCCGGUGCCGCCGGCCAGCAGGACGCCGACCGCUUGCCGCUCCCCACCCUGCAGCAGCGCCUCUCCCUAUUCCCUGGCCCCCACCUCGGCCCCUACCUGAGCACCUCGGCCCUGGAGCGGGACGCAGGGCCGGCCCACAACCCCCUGCUGCAGCACCUCGUGCUCCUGGAGCAGGCGCCCGCACAGGCGCCCCUGGUCACAGGCCUGGGCGCGCUGCCCCUCCACGCGCAGGCCCUGGUGGGUGCCGAGCGGGUGUCCUCAUCCGUGCACAAGCUGCGGCAGCACCGCCCGCUGGGGCGCACGCAGUCGGCGCCUCUACCCCAGAACACGCAGGCCCUGCAGCACCUGGUCAUGCAGCAGCAGCACCAGCAGUUCCUGGAGAAGCACAAGCAGCAGUUCCAGCAGCUGCACGGGGGCCAGAUCCUCCCCAAGCCCAGCGAGCCAGCACGGCAGCCUGAGAGCCACCCGGAGGAGACGGAGGAGGAGCUGCGGGAGCACCAGGCCUUGCUGGAGGAGCCCUACGUGGACCGGCUGCCAGGCCAAAAGGGGCUGCUCGUGCUGGGUGGUGUGCACGUGAAGCAGGAGCCCCCCGAGAGCGACGGCGAGGAGGCCGAGCCCCCGCGAGAGGCUGAGGCGGGCCAGCGCCAGGCCAGCCAGCAGGAGCUGCUCUUCCGACAGCAUGCUCUUCUCCUGGAGCAGCAGCGGAUCCACCAGCUGAGGAACUACCAGGCGUCCAUGGAGGCAGCCGGCAUCCCCGUGUCCUUUGGUGGCCACCGCCCCUUGUCCCGGGCGCAGUCCUCCCCGGCAGCCGCCGCCUUCCCUAUGUCUGUGCAAGAGCCCCCAGCCAAGCCACGCUUCACAACAGGCCUGGUGUACGACACGCUCAUGCUGAAGCACCAGUGUGGGUGUGGGAGCACACACAGCCACCCCGAGCACGCCGGCCGUAUCCAGAGCAUCUGGUCUCGCCUGCAGGAGACUGGCCUCCGGGGGAAGUGUGAGUGCAUCCGUGGACGCAAGGCCACGCUGGAGGAGCUGCAGACCGUCCACUCGGAGUCCCAUGCCCUGCUCUACGGCACCAACCCCCUCAACCGGCAGAAACUGGACAGUGCCCUCACCUCAGUGUUCGUGCGGCUUCCGUGUGGAGGGGUCGGGGUGGACAGUGACACCAUCUGGAACGAGGUGCACUCCUCAGGGGCAGCCCGGCUGGCCGUGGGCUGCGUGGUGGAACUGGUCUUCAAGGUGGCCACCGGCGAGCUAAAGAAUGGCUUUGCUGUGGUCCGACCCCCAGGACAUCACGCGGAGGAGAGCACACCUAUGGGCUUCUGCUACUUCAACUCGGUGGCCAUCGCGGCCAAGCUCCUGCAGCAGCGGCUGAGUGUCAGCAAGAUCCUCAUCGUGGACUGGGACGUCCACCACGGCAACGGCACGCAGCAGGCCUUCUACAGCGACCCCAGCGUCCUCUACGUCUCGCUGCACCGCUACGACGACGGCAACUUCUUCCCCGGCAGCGGCGCCCCCGACGAGGUGGGCACGGGGCCCGGCGUGGGCUUCAACGUGAACAUGGCCUUUGCCGGCGGCCUCGACCCCCCUAUGGGAGACGCCGAGUACCUGACUGCUUUCAGGACAGUGGUCAUGCCGAUAGCUAACGAGUUUGCCCCGGACGUAGUGCUGGUGUCCUCGGGCUUCGAUGCGGUGGAAGGCCACCCCACGCCCCUUGGGGGCUACAACCUCUCCGCCAAGUGCUUCGGGUACCUGACAAAGCAGCUGAUGGGCCUGGCCGGUGGCCGCGUCAUACUGGCCCUGGAAGGUGGCCACGACCUGACGGCCAUCUGUGAUGCCUCAGAGGCCUGUGUCUCCGCCCUGCUGGGGAACGAGCUGGACCCCCUCCCUGAGAAGACGUUAGAACAGAGGCCCAACUCCAAUGCUGUGCAGUCCAUGGAAAAGGUCAUCGAGGUUCACAGCAAGUACUGGUGCUCCCUGCAGCGGGCCGCCUCCACCGUGGCCUACUCGCUGGUGGAGGCGCAGAAAUGUGAGACCGAGGAGGCCGAGACGGUCACCGCCAUGGCCUCGCUUUCCGUGGGCGUCAAACCGGUUGAGAAGAGAGAGCGUCCGCCCUCCGGCUGCGUGCGCCCAGGCGGGUGCAGGGUGCGCGCGGGCGCGGUGGACGCGGCCGUCGGAGCUGCGUGGUCUCUGGAAGCCAUUGGAAGAUGCGAGUUUGUGCCUUUCACUGCUCCGGCGUCUUACAGCGACCGAGCACCCUCCCCUUGA